AUGCUACUUCCCCUCCUGAUCUACGCUGCCCCCAUCUUCUUGAUCAUAUACCUGUUCAAAGACUACUUUUCUCUGUCCUCCAUCCCUGGGCCCUUCGCAGCCCGUCUCACGAACCUCUACCGUCUCCUGCUUGUGUACAACCGCCAUGCCCACGAACAACACCUCGCCCUGCACAAGCGGUACGGGAACCUCGUCCGCCUGGGGCCCACGUGCGUCUCCGUGACGGGGUCGCAGAACUACAUCCCCCAGAUCUACGGCAUCGGCAAGGGUUUGGUGAAAUCCGACUUCUACAGCUGCUUCCAGAACAUCGUCAACGGGCGACGCGCCGCCAGCCUGGUGGCCAUGACCGACGAGAGUCAGCACGCCCGGUCGAAGCGGAUGAUCGCCCACGCAUACUCGCUGAGCACGCUGGUCGAGUACGAGGAGCUCGUGGACCGCACGACGGACGUGUUCCUGCAGACGCUGGAGCAGGAAUUUGCGUCGUUCUCGUCAUCAUCACCUCCGAACAAGAGGGAUAAUUCGAGGCCCGGACGCGUGCUCGACCUGGGCCGCUACCUGCAGUUCUUCGCCUUCGACGUGAUCGGCGAGCUGACCUUCAGCCGGCGCCUGGGGUUCAUCGAGUCGGGCACCGACGUGGACAACAUCAUCGCCGCCAUCGGCGCCAACUUCUCCUACUUCAGCGUGCUCGGCCAGAUGCCCUGGCUGGACGAGGCCGUGCUGGGCAAGAACCCCCUGUACGUCAAGUAUUUCCGCAAGAGCGUCAGUUCGCCCAUCCUGUUGUUCGCGCAGAGGCUGCUCAAGGAGCGGUUGGGACAGUUGGAGGACACCAAGGCGGACGAUGAUGAUGAGGAGUUGUUGAACAGACCCGACUUCCUCAGCCGGUUCUUGAAGACCAGGAGGAAAGAGGGCACCACUACCACCGCCGACGACGAAAAGGGAAAUGGAGAUGAAGAGGAGACGUUGACCGACGCUCAGAUUCUGUCGAACUUGUUUAUGAACAUCAACGCGGGCAGCGACACGAUCGCCUCGACCCUCCGGGCCAUCUUCUACCACCUGCUCAAGAACCCGGCGUCGCUGGCGCGGUUGACUGCGGAGCUGGACGCGGCGGCCGCGGCGCGAAAAAUCUCGCGCCCGUCCCCGACCUGGACCGAGACCCAGCACGGACUGCCGUAUCUGUGCGCCGUGGUGAAGGAGGGCCUGCGCAUGAACCCAGCGCUAUCGUUGCCGCUCGAGCGCGUCGUGCCGAAGGACGGGUUGACGUUGCACCACGACGACGGCUCACAGACGUUUCUCCCCGCGGGCACGGUGGUGGGCAUCAACCCGUGGGUCUUCCACCGCAGCACGCGCGUGUUCGGCGCCGACGCCGAGACCUGGAACCCCGCGCGGUGGCUGAGCGCGCAGGAACAGGCGACCAAGAACAUGGAGCACAGCCUCCUCGCGUUCGGCGCCGGCAAGAGGUCGUGUCUGGGCAAGAACAUCGCUAUGCUCGAGCUGCACAAGCUGGUGCCGGCGCUGCUGAUGAAGUUCCACGUCGAGCUGGACGACCCCGGCCGGGAGUGGGAGGUCAGUAAUGCCUGGGUGUUGAAUCAGACCGGGUUGAAUGUUCGGUUGGCAUUGAGGUAA